AUGGCUAAGAAAAUGAUGAGUCAACCUGGUUUAGUUGAAGAAUUUAUAAAAAUAGUAGAUAGUUUUGGUGGAGAGGAUUGUAGAAAUUGGGCACAUGUAGCUAGAAUUUUAUUUAAUGCUUGCUAAUUUCAAGUAAAAUCUCCUUAAAAAUUGAAACGAAUUUAUGAGUCUUUUAAAAAACCUAAAUAAGAAUUAUCUAAUAUUUAAUUUUCAAAGUUAUUAGAAAUAGAUAUAAAAAGCCGUGGCAAUCAUGUAACAGCUACUAAAGAUUUUUUUAAUUAAACUGGUGUUAGAAUGUCUUAAUGUAGAUUUAAAGAACAUGCUGUAUUAGGUAUUAGAAAUAGUCUAAAGGUGUUAGUAAAAAUAUUAGGGAUUUAAAAGAAAGCUAUUUAAACAGUUUUGAGUAGAUUUUCAUAUACAUCUAUUUAAAUAAUGUUUAGAGCAGCAGAUUGUAAAUAUUAGGAUGUUCUAAUAUAAGAAAUAAAAUAAUAUGCCUUAUUGUUUGAAUAAGCUUAUUUGAUUUAUGCAGAAAAUCAUCAUAAAAGUCAACCUGAAUUAUUUGAUCUUUUAAAACCAAUAAUGAAUCGAAGAUAAUUUAGAAGAUGUUUAUUUUACUUAUUUUUUGUAGAUGAAUUAAAAUCAAUAUCUUUAAAAUAAACUAUAGAUGAUAAUGAUUUAAAGAAUCAUCCUUUAUUAUAAAAGACAAUAGAAUUGAAUAAAAAAUUACCAUUUUAUUAAAGAGUAGUGAAUUUAUGUGAUAGAGAAGAGAAAUAUAACAUGUAUUGUACUUAUAAUAAUAAUAUUGAUAAUGAAUUUUGUAAGAUAUAUUUAAAUGAAUGUGAAUUAAAGAAAAAGAAAAGUUAAAAAGCCAGAAAAUAGAAUGAAAAUCUACGUACAGUAAGAGGAAAGAUACAUCAGCCAGGUGAUUAAUUAUUUAGAGGAUGGAAAACAGUAGUAUUUGAAGCAGAUGAAGAUAUAAUAUAAAAUGAUGGAAGAGAUUAAAUGUAAAAUGAAUUGAAAAGAAAGAAAAUGCAAGAAUUAUAUGAAAUAGCUUUUGGAGAUGAUAAUAAUAAUAAUAAUAAUAAUUAUUGA